CCCUCCUCUCCUCGGGAUUCCCCACAGUCAGUGCACCCUUGUCUCCUCAUCGAUUUCCCCUCCUCCCCAAUCCCGCUGAACCUCAUCGCCGUGCGUCUCCAGCCGACGCCCUCGGCCACGCUCACAGGCAAGCAUUAGUAGCAGCUGCUCCGCGCGAAGCCCGUGCGCGCGAGGACCUUCUCCUUGCCGUGCUCCCUCUCCCUUCUCUCCUUCCUUCUUCGUUUCCUCUCUCUCUCUCAAGUCUCUCUUUAUGUCUCCAGGACCACCACGACAUGGCUCGAGCUUCUCCGUCGUCUUCUGUAGGUGGAGCAGCAGCGCCGGCUCGGCCGUGCCGCUGCAUCGGAGCUCCACCCGUCUGCCCCGUCCCCAAGCACCCGGCGCGUGCGCACCCGCCUCUCUGACCUGCCGUUGGCCAGCGAGUCGCCGGCAAACAGUGGCCCAGCGUCCCCAUGUCAUGGUGCCCAAGCUCGUGGCUCCCGGAGCUUCGUCGGACGCCUCCAGCACCGGGAACGAGAUCCCUCGCCCGCGCCUGCCUCCAACGUGUGUUCCACGAGCUCCCCUGCACCCGAGCCUCCCCUCGAGCAGUUCUGCAGUCCCCUGUCGAGCUCGCCCCAAGCUCGACCCCGCCGCCGCUGCCCAGCACCUGAGACCAACCUCUCCUCUGGCCGUGCCUGCGAGCAGCUGCUGGAGCCGCCGCGCCGCCCCGUCAGCCGACGAGGUCUCUCUCAGGAGCUCACCCGUGGCCUCCCUGCACGUCGCCGCCCCGAAUUGACCUAGCCCCGAGGUCCUGGUCGCUCGGCCAGGAGCACCUCGUCGUCCUAAACCUCGCCGCCGUCGGGGACCAGCACUGAGGAACAGAACGAAGGUUGGUGCAGCCCCACCAUGGAUGCCCUUGCUGCCCUGCAACUCCCCAUCCGCCGUCGUUCUCCAAUGGAUCCGGUCGAUGCUUGCUAGGUCCGCCCAUUCCCGGCCUGGGACAGCCCCGUCGAAGCCUCCAAGUCCCUCCGGAUCGACGAUUGACCCCGUCUAGAACAGCCAUGGACGAGCAGUUUCAGUAAGAGUUCCGCAAGCGUGUCGGAUGUGAGGGCCGUUCGACUACGUCGG